CUUUUUUUUUCCUUCUAAAUGAGAUAUUUCGAUCGGUCUAUUAUAACUUUUGUUUCUUGAGCUAUUCUCUACUUACAGUCCAAAGGUUUCACGUCAAUCGGUUCUAUCCGAAAGAAUUCGUAGGGGGAAACCCUUGGUUCCCUGGACUAUAAAAAGCAGUGUUACAUAGACACUUUAUACCUAGUUUAUGAAGAGAAACUUUUAAUUUUUCAAAUUCCAACGCACCUAACAGGCUUCAGAGCUGGCGAAGAAAGAGCCGACAAAGAAAGUAGCAACGCCGUUACAACUGCAAACGGACCCCAAACCGACAACGACGUAACAGCCAAAGAUAACGACAAAGCGAUCAUGAUGGAUAUAAUAAAAAAACGCGUUCAAGACGAGAUCACCACCUACCUAGACAAAGCCAAGGCGUCGGCGACGAAAAACCACCGCCCUCGUCUGAUGAGGUCCCAUUUCGACGUGGUCAACAUCCCCCCACAAAUCAACCUCCUCGAAUACGCCCAGAAAAAAUUAGAAAGACAGUUGUCCCUGGAACCCAAGUCCGUGACGGAACACGAAGAGUUCCAGAAGCAGUUAUUUAACAGCGCCGUAUCCGCCAAGAGGUCCCUGAACAUCAGACCGGGCACCCCGAUCAGGGUGACUAACAUGUUCCGAAAACUCUCCCAGGAGAACUUUACGAACUUAGAAGGCGCUCUUGGCGGUGAUUUACUGAGGCGCGAAUUCAAUCAGUCGGACGGGGACAGUGUGAUUUUGGACGACGAGGAGUUCGAGAAGAUCAACGGGCACGUUGGAGAACAGGGCGAUAAGAAACUGCGGGGGAAUUGUUCAGCAUGCAGGGAAAAGUCCAACCCCCUAAAGCUGACAGUCCGAGAUAUGUCCAAGGUCAACGAGAAGGUGCUGAACACUAUAGGAAUUUUCACUGAAAGAGGGGACAUUCGUCCGGAAGUCAUUGAUAUCCUGGAGGAACAAAAAAGGACUAAAGCGAAGGACUCGAGGAACAAGCAAUUCAGAUCUAGGCGUCAGUGGGACUUGCAAAUCCAUCUGAAUCCCAAGGAACACAUUAAUUCAAGUUUCACGUCUGUUUCUUCAGAUAAGUCGUUCACUAGCUUGUCUUCCACUGACCUUAAGUCCGAAUUUAAUACUGUUAAGAAUGUAUCUCAGCAAAUAGAUUAUGGUCAAUAGUGUACUCAAAAA